UUCGCUAUUCUUCGUUUACUCCGCCACCCUUCGCCGCUCUCUCUCCCGAUCCAUGGCCUCCAUCUUCGGAGCGUCUCCCACGCCUUCUCUUUCCGAGGUCGCUCUCAGACCUUCACCAUCCUUUUCUUCUUCAAUCUCAUCCUCCGCCCAUCUCUUCCUCUACAGUUCACACUCAAAACGCAAUCUCCUUUCUUUCAAACUCACAUCCGUCUUGCCCUCAUCGCUCGUAGCCGGCGCCUCCAACUUCAUCGAAUCUACUCGUCGUGGGGCCUUUGUCGUCCGAGCAGCCCGGGGAAAAUUUGAGAGGAAGAAGCCCCACGUUAAUAUUGGCACGAUCGGUCACGUUGACCAUGGGAAGACUACUCUCACAGCUGCUCUUACCAUGGCUUUGGCCUCUAUGGGGAAUAGCGCACCCAAGAAGUAUGACGAAAUCGAUGCGGCACCGGAAGAGAGAGCCCGAGGGAUCACGAUCAACACCGCAACGGUUGAGUAUGAAACUGAGAGCAGACACUAUGCUCAUGUGGAUUGCCCCGGGCAUGCCGACUAUGUGAAGAACAUGAUCACCGGUGCGGCGCAAAUGGAUGGCGCGAUCUUGGUAGUUUCAGGCGCGGAUGGGCCAAUGCCUCAGACCAAAGAGCACAUUCUGUUGGCGAAACAGGUGGGUGUGCCAAAUAUUGUGGUUUUCUUGAACAAACAGGACCAGGUUGAUGAUGAAGAGCUUCUUCAGUUGGUGGAAUUGGAAGUUUGGGAGCUCCUGACUCUGUAUGAAUUCCCGGGUGAUGACGUGCCUAUUGUUUCAGGUUCGGCAUUGUUGGCUUUACAGGCAUUGAUGGCAAACCCCAAAAUCAAGAGAGGAGAGGAUCAGUGGGUCGAUAGGAUUUAUGACUUGAUGGAUGCUGUUGAUAGUUAUAUUCCAAUUCCACAGCGACAAACUGAUUUGCCGUUCCUUAUGGCGAUUGAAGAUGUGUUUUCCAUUACUGGUCGUGGUACUGUGGCGACAGGGCGUGUCGAGAGGGGCACAGUUAAGGUUGGGGACCCCGUAGAUGUAGUGGGUGUUAAAGAAACACGUACAACAACAGUUACUGGGGUUGAAAUGUUCCAAAAAACACUUGAUGAAGCGAUUGCAGGUGAUAAUGUGGGGCUUUUACUCAGGGGCAUUCAGAAAACAGACGUUCAAAGAGGAAUGGUUAUUGCCAAACCCGGCGCCAUCACGCCCCAUACGAAGUUCAUUGCUAUUGUGUAUGUGCUGAGAAAGGAGGAGGGAGGUAGGCACUCACCAUUUUUUACUGGAUACCGGCCUCAAUUCUACAUGAGGACUACUGAUGUUACUGGGAAGGUCUCUAAAAUCAUGAAUGAUAAGGAUGAAGAGUCUAAGAUGGUUAUGCCUGGAGACCGUGUAAAGAUGGUUGUAGAGCUGAUUUUUCCGGUAGCCUGUGAAAAAGGAAUGAGAUUUGCAAUCAGAGAAGGUGGAAAGACUGUGGGCGCUGGAGUCAUCCAGUCUAUAAUCGAAUGAUUGUAUUGUAAAUUUAUGCCAACUAUUUUGGGUUCAGAUACUCAUUUCUCUGAGUAAGAAAGCAUUAUCCCUUCUACUUACUUGAACAGCA